AUGGCGCGGUCACCUGAGGACGAGCGCGACGUGCUGGGCCUGGUGGGUGGCCUGCUGGGGCUGUCCAGUGGAGACCGCACCUCCCUCGGGGCCCGCCUGGCUCACUGCGGCAGGCUGUUCGCCGCUGUGGUCAACAUCUUCGCAAACGUCUCCCUCGUCACCACCACCGGCGUAGAGCUCUGCACUGGCAAGUCGGCGGAAACAGAGAGGGCCUCCAUCACGGCCUUCGUCUUCUCCGUUUCCGUAAUCAACUUGGUCAAGGCGGUGUCGCUGCUGAUGCAGUGGCGGCGCCUGCGCCGCCUCGUGGGCAUCCUGGAGGCCGUCCGCAGCAGCUUCCGGGACCCAGAGGGCGCCCGCGGCCGCUAUUCGCGCCACGCCGUCGUCCUCGGCCGCACCUGGGUGGUGAUGGCGACGAUGAACGUGACCUUCUGGUGCCUGGACCCGCUGAUCAGCCAGGCACUCGGCGGCGCGGAGCAGGGCCGCCAACUGCCGCUGCCGCUGUGGCUGCCUAUCGACCAGACCCAGCCGUCCAACUAUGGGCUCCUCUUCCUGCUGGAGUCCGCGAUGCUUAUAAGCGGUGUCCAGCUGUCCCUCUUCAUCGACGCUCUUUUCGUAACUCUCAUCAUAAACGUCACUGCCGAGAUACAUGUGCUCAACAACAACAUUCAGAAUAUGAAAAAUGCAACUGUCCGUGUAGCUGGUCCACAGUCAAUGACCGCUGCAUCCGCGUUCAUUAGGACGUCGCAAAGUACGGCAACUGGAGACGAGUCGACACUCAUCGCAACUUCUACUAGACCCAAUAUUGGCUGUAUCAAUUUUUCGACAUCUGACUUCACUUCAGCAAACGCCAAUAAUGAAAAGAGUGCUAAUGAUGAAAUGUAUCAACUAUUAGUAGAGAACAUCCGGCAUCAUCAACUAAUUAUCAUAUGUGUGAGUGAGUUAGAAAAGGCAGUAAGCAUGGGAGCAUUUGCCCUCCUCUCCAUAAACAUUCUCAACCUGUGUUCGCACAUCUUCUCUUUAGUAGUUAUGCUGGAGAGAGACACCAGUGUGUCCGCUAGGACCAAAAUGUUUCUCGCCGUUCCUAUCUUCAUGUGUCAGAGUGGCCUCUACUGCCUCACUGGACAGGCGAUUAUUGACGAGAGCGAACGGCUGGUCAACUCUGCCUUCAGCUGCGGUUGGCCCGACGCCGAUGAGCGCUUCAAGAGGUCUCUCCGUGUCUUCAUGGUGCGCGCGGCGCAGCCCCUCCGCAUCAGAGUGGGCAAGCUCAUCUCCCUCUCCAGGGCCACCUUCCAAGAGCUCUUGAAGGGAUCGUACCAGCUAUUCAACGUGGUGUACCAGUUCCACACCAACUAG